AUGGCCGGAAGAUUGUCUACAAAAGUCGUUAAAGCUGCCAGGCGGCUUGUUCCGCUGAAGGCACCGAUUACGGUAACACCACGUGCAAUUCAAAAGAUUCGGGACCUAAUGGUCACAAACCCCGAAGCCCGUGGACUGCGAGUCGGUGUUAAACAACGGGGAUGCAAUGGACUUACGUAUACCCUUGAGUACGCGAAGCAAGAGUCAAAUUCUGACGAAGAAGUGAAAAUCGGUGAUGGCGUUAAACUGUUCCUUGAUAUCAAGGCACAAAUGACCCUGCUAGGGAGUGAAAUGGACUACGUAGAAACGAAACUUUCUUCCGAGUUUGUAUUCAGAAACCCAAAUAUCAAAAGUACCUGCGGGUGCGGAGAAAGUUUUAAUGUUUAA